AUGGAUAAUCCGGUACCCGAAUCCGAAAAGCUUCCCGGAAUCGCCGCCAAUCUCCUCUGCGACGGCGACUUCUCUUCCUGCCGCAAAUUCGCUCUCUUUGCCCGACGCUACAACCCGGACAACCCCAUCCCGGACCGCAUCCUCGCCGUCGCCGACGUCUUGCUCGCCGAGAAACGCCGCGACCCGAAUGACUGGUACCCCAUUUUGCAGCUGACCCGACCCGACUCGGGAAACCGCCGACUCGUUCGGACCCAGUUCGAGAAGCUCACGGCGCUCCUGAACCCGGAAAACAACUCCUUCCCUUUUUCCGACGAGGCGCUCCAGCUGGUUAUCCGGGCCUGGGCCGCUGUGUCCGACCCGGGGGAAGAGACCCGUCUCCGAAAUGGGCCCAAGAACCGGCCGGAAAGCCAGAAUUGUGAAGAGGGUCUCGCCGGAGAGACGUUCUGGACGGUGUGUCCUUACUGCUAUGGGAUGUUCAUGUACAAGAAGGUGUUCGAGGAGUGUUGCCUGAGGUGUCAGAUUUGCCGGAAGGCUUUUCACGGCGCGGCGAUCAGGCCGCCGGCGCCGGAGAUUUUGGUGGAGGGGAAGGAGCAGUACUAUUUCACUUAUGGGUAUUUUCCUAUGGAGUAUAGUGAGGACCCAAAAAAGAGUGAUGAGGAUUUAAAGAAAAAGAAGAGUGAAGUGGAGGGUGUUUGUGUUGUGGAGAUUUCUGAUGAUGAUGAGGAGGUGGUGGUGGUGAAGAAUGUGGGUGGUGGAGGGGGGUUUUCGGGUGGAGGGAAGGCCCCGGUGAAGAGAAUGAAGGCGCCGGCGAGGCGGAUGAAGGGAUUGAAGACGAAAACAGUGGUGAGGAGCACCAAGAAGAGAAUGGGGAAUGUGGUGAGCGGGAGGGUUGGGGUGGGGAAGGAGGUUGAGUUGGGUGGUGAGUGUGGAGAUGGGGAUGGUGAGAUGGAUGGUUUGGAGUUUUAUGAAGGUAAAGAUGAUGUCUUUGGUGGAAUUGGGGAUAGUCCAUGA